UUGAUAGCCUUCACUUCCUGUGAGGACGCGCUCACUCAGAUUUGUCAAACCGCUCCGCUGGGCUGUGUGAAGGAAGCGAGCAGAAAAGCACCGAGUUUAGUCAAGGUAGCGCUCCGUUGACAGUAGCUAGGAAAAGACAUGGCGCGCCUGGUAGCUGUUUGCAGAGACGGAGAAGAGGACUACCGUUUCCUCGCCAGACAAAUUCCCUUAUACAUUGAUGAUUCCCUCACGAUGGUGAUGGAGUUUCCUCACACUGUAUUGCACUUUGACAGUCAUCAGACCAACAGUUCACAAAUUAAGCAGUUUAUUGAGCGUCACAGCAUGCUGAAGCAGCAGGACCUGAACAUGGCCCUGAUGGUGAUGUCAAGUGAGGUGUUCAGCGCACUUUCCCAGCUGGUGCCAUGCGUGGGCUGCAGGCGCAGCGUCGAGCGACUCUUCGCUCAGCUCACAGACUCGGGCUACUUCGCCCUGGAGCCGCUGACCGUGGGCUCAGCUGGUGUGCUGUCCAUCGCCCGGGCUUGUCUGGCAGACCCCCGGAAACUCUACACACUCUUCUACGUCCACGGAUCAAAGUUGAACGAUGUAAUUGAUUCCAUUCCCAAAAGCAAAAAGAACAAGCGCUGUCAGUUACAUUCUUUAGACACACACAAGCCCAAACCCUUGGGAGGGAGCUGGAUGGAUGUAUGGGAGCUGAUGUCUCAGGAGUGCCGGGAUGAGGUGGUUCUGAUCGACAGCGCUUGUUUACUGGAGACGCUGGAGACCUACUUGCGUAAACACAGGUUCUGCACAGACUGCAAAAACAAGGUGCUGAGGGCCUACAACAUCCUUGUGGGUGAGUUGGACUGCAGUAAGGAGAAGGGCUACUCCGCUGCACUCUAUGAGGGCCUCCGCUGCUGCCCACACGAGCGCCACAUCCACGUCUGCUGCGAGACCGAUUUCAUCGCUCACCUGCUGGGCCGCGCCGAGCCCGAGUUCGCUGGGGGAUACGAGCGCAGAGAGAGGCAUGCUAAGACCAUCGACAUAGCACAGGAGGAAGUCUUGACGUGUCUCGGGAUCCACCUUUAUGAGCGACUACACCGGAUCUGGCAAAAGCUACGGGCUGAGGAGCAGACGUGGCAGAUACUCUUCUACCUCUGUAUCGACGCACUACGCAAAAGCUUUGAGAUGGCCGUAGAAAAGGUGCAGGGAAUCAGCCGGCUGGAACAACUGUGCGAGGAGCUGUCAGAGGAGGAGCGAGCAAAAGAGCUUAAGCAGGAAAAGAAGAGGCAGAAACGCAAGAACCGACGCAAAAACAAGUGCAGCUUUGACAUGUCUGAGCAAGAGGCCAAGGGGUACAAAGAAAAGAGCUUGGGAGAGGUACCGGGUUUAGAGGAUUCCGUGAACACUGGCUGUAAGUCCUGUGGCAACAUGGAGGAGCCUGCAGGAGGUGUGGAGUCUAUCGUUCCUAUCGAGAGCUCCUCCUGCAGCUGUCCUUCCACCAUUUUGGGCUCGCCAAAAAGCAAAAACGGUUUGCUAUCUCAUAGUCAUGGCAGCGACUGUGGCUAUUCUUCCAGCAUGGAAGGCAGCGAGACGGGUUCUAGAGAAGGCUCGGACGUGGCCUGCACCGAGGGAAUGUGUAACCAUGAUGAAGCAGCCGAGUACUCAUGUAGUAAUCACUGCUUGGAGGAGGAUGGCGUGGACAGCUGCGUGGAGUGUUGGGCAAACUGUGAAGAGCACGCCAAAGGCAAGAACAAGAAGAAAAAAAGGAAGAGCAGGGGCGUGUUAAAUGCAAACGAGCAUCAUGGUUCCCAGGAAGAAGUAUGUCCAUCCGACAGCUGCCGGAGAGGAGAUCCGAGCAGCUUGCCUGGCUCAGAAAACACCCACGAUCCCUCUGCCUCGUCCACACACAACUGCCCGAGCAAACAGACGACUUGCGCGAAGCUGUGUUGCGGCUCGUUCUUCAGUGCUGGCCUGCAGCUGCCCUGGGCUCAGCGACAGCUAACGAGUGGCCUGAACCAUCAGACUUCAGAUACCUGCACACAGGGGCACUGUACCACCAAAAGUCUCAUGGAGCUGCUGGACGAGGCAGAAAUGUCAUCAGAUGAGGAGAACUGCCUGACGCAAGAUGAGAUCCAGUCGUUUGUAGAGGAGAACAAGUCUUUCUACAGCACACGAGACCAGUACAGGCAGCACCUGAAGGACCGAUUCACCAAAUACUGCCACUCCAGUGUGUGCAGAGGAGAUUGGCGACCCACGGCCAGUGUCAACUAAAAGGAAAAACCCACCAAACACGAUUUUUACAGAUGGGGGGGGGAAACGCUCACGAUUUACCCCUGCUGCAGGAGGAAGAAAAUGAAAUUUGUGGUCAAAAACCAGAAUGAAUUCUUGAGCUGUGUCUUGUUUUGUUAAAGUUUAAUUUUAUUUGUUGGGGAUAGUUAAAUGGUCAUUCACUUCUGUCACACUUCUUCUCUACUUCCUUUUUUCACUUUCUCUUUUCACCUCCCCUCUCCCUCAUCCCUCACUCGCACUCAGGUGGAGUUUAUUUACUGAUUUUUCUGGAUUUACAGUGGGUUCAUCAGCUCACAGUGGAAGUGAUAAGAUUGCAGGCUGUCGCUGUAGUGAUGCUAGUACAUAGUCUUCUAGUCUUACUGUUUAUUUAACAUCUCUUUAUUUUCCCAGUUCAUCUCACCGACUGAGACACUUCAUUUUAGUGGCAAAUUGUUCUAUCAAUAAAUGUGUACAGAAAUGAAAUGAGUAUAAAGAUUUUACACAGAGAGAAACAUCCAUUUAUAAGGAGGCUUGGGUGUAAUGUUGAGCGCAAUGUGCAAAAUUGAAUUAAUAAAGAAUAUUUAUUAAUACGCAUUAA